AAGCGCGAACUACGCCGCAUCAAGGACACCGCCAUUCGGCUGAUCGACUUUGGCUCGGCGACCUUUGACGAGGAGCACCACAGUACGAUAGUGAGCACCCGCCAUUACCGAGCGCCGGAGGUGAUUCUGGAGCUCGGGUGGAGUCACCCGUGUGACGUGUGGAGUGUCGGGUGCAUUCUCUUUGAGCUGUACCAGGGGAUGACGCUCUUUCAGACGCACGACAAUCUGGAGCACCUGGCGAUGAUGGAGCGCAUUCUCGGGCCGAUGCCCUACCGGAUGAGUCGCAAAUCAAAGACUAAGUACUACUACCACGGCAAGCUGAUGGACUGGGACGAGCGGAGCUCCGCCGGGCGGUACGUCCGCGAGAACUGCAAGCCCCUCCACCGGUACAUCACCGUGCCCGAGAAUGACGACCACCGGCAGCUGUUUGACCUCAUCUCCCGCCUGCUCGAGUACGACCCCAGCAGUCGGAUGAGUCUGGCGGAGGCGCUUGACCAUCCCUUCUUUCGAAAGCUGGCGCCCGAGUUGAGGUUACACGAGUUGGAGCAAAGUGUCAGCAGCGGCACUAGAAGGAGAAAGUCGGAGAGCAAGGAGAAUCGAGGGGAUCAGCAGG